AUGGUGAAGAAAUUUGUUUUCUUCUUGGGACUUUUAGGCCUUUCUUUAUCAUCCCAGGCGUUCACUGCCUCAGGUUUGGGCGCCGGCGCAAAUAUGGCAGUCCAAUUAAACAUUGCAUUCUCUGCAGAUAGCGUAGGAGCAGGCCUUAUAGCAGGUGCACCAUAUUACUGUGCCCAAGGUUCAGCAGUAACAGCAUCCACUGCAUGCACCAAUGCUGGAUAUUUAAUAAAUACAGAUGCUUUAGUCCAAUACACUAACUUCCACUUUGUUUGCUCAUGGAGGGGUUUAAAAACAAUAUCAUUUAGAAAUUUUAUAAUAAUUUAUUUUUUUCGAAAUUUAAAAAAAUUCCAAUUCAAAAAAAUUGGAAAGCAAAUAUUUAUUGAAUAGUAAAUUUAUGUUUUAAAAUGCAAUUUGUUCAAAAUUAAACAGAAUUAGCUAGAUACUUCGUUAUAAUAAUUAUCAUCUGUAUAUCGAAUUUUUUUCCCUAAAAAAUUGCUAUUUUAAAUUUUUUUUUGGCAAAAAAUAGUGAUUUUACCAAUGGUUUUGCUCACUUACGGAGGGGGAGUAAGGAUCAAGCUUCAGCAGGGAACAUUGACAAUGUUGUGAACGUAGCAACGGAUCACGUUUGGAUUUUUGCAGGAGCAAAGGAUGAAGUUGUAAAUCAAAGUGUAGGGAGAAAACUCUAUGCUUAUUACCAAAGUCUUAUAGACAAUCAUAGAAUUAAUGCAACAUUUGACCAGCAAGCCAAUUUUGCAUGGAUUACUAGCAGCGAAGGAAAUCCUUGCUGGUAUUAUGGAACUCCAUAUAUAAAUAACUGCCAACUCGAUGCAGCUGGACUUAUGCUGAAAUCGAUUUACGGCACUUUGCAGCCAGCAGUUACUCAGAAUUUUGCAAAUUUGUACCAAUUCCCUCAACAUGAGUUUGUAUCCAACUCCAGCGCAGGAAUGGACACAUUCGGCUGGAUUUAUCAGCCUGCUUAUUGCAUUGAAAACGCAUGCAAAGUUCAUGUCGCUCUUCAUGGUUGCAAUCAGAACUACGACACUGUUGGAGCUGUUUUUAUUAAGAAUAGCGGCCUUAAUGGCUGGGCUGAAGCCAAUAACAUUGUAGUAAUUUACCCACAAGUACUUCCACAGUCGCAGGUAAAUACAGAUGGAUGCUGGGAUUGGUGGGGAUACACCGGACCUAAUUAUGCUUUGAAAUCAGGGAUACAAAUGGCUGGAAUUUAUAAUCUUACACAAAGCUUGGGCACUAUUACAUCCUUUAGACCAGGCCAGAAUCUUAACUAA